AUGCCUAGAUUGCGGCCUGAACCGGCGAGCACAAGUCUCCAAUCAUCUGACCAACCUCCAACCCUUAUAGGGAUAACUGACAUAGCAGGGUCUUCAGGCCAGCCGAAUGUGCCAAAGCAAGUUGCCGACGAGCACUUUCCAGACUCUGAGUUUUCAAUAUCGUCAAUGAAGGCCAUCAAGAGACUAAGAAACGAAAUCCCGACCAACGGUGAAGCUGUACUGAUUGAAACGUUUGAGCAAUCACCACGAACGAAGACGAUGGAUUCCUCUGCACCAAUCAUAUCUCAAAUUGCAAUCGUCGAGGAUGCAGCCCCGAUGCAGUCAGGAACCACCUCACAAGCUCCCUUCACGGCCGCAUUGUCCACCAAUCUCACUUUCUCCUUGCAAGCGGAUCCAUAUGAAAUCAACCCACGGGUGACACUAAACUGCGUAGGGAAGUUCUUUACCUUCGUUGACAGACAAGCUUCUGCGGCGAUACCUAACGCUAUGUUUGUACGAUGGUUGAAAAUGUGCAAGGAUAAAUCUCAGCCAGAUAAGAUGAUGAUCUACUCGAUCCUGGCCUUGGGGUCCAUUUUUGCCGAUGCCUCGACUUCCCGUACUUAUACCUCAGCCUUCUCGACGAUCGUACAAGAAGGGCUCACGCUAUGUGGUGAAGAACCCACAUUCCAGUUGGCUAUGACAUACCUUCUAUCAACACUGCUGUCUAUCUCAACAGGAGAGUAUAACACAGCAUGGAACUGUUGUGGUUCGGCAAUACGCACACUCUUUGCCCUCCAAUUCAACACGGAAGCUGGCAUUUGGACCAGAUCGAAAAGUGGAUCAUGGGAAGCUCAACUCGAUACUUACACUCUAAUUGAAUGCCGACGGAGUCUGACAUGGGCUGCCUUUAUCAUCGAAUGCUUGAAUGGAUGCUACUCGACCCCGUUUUUGACCGUUGCGUGGUCGGAGUAUGACCUUUACCUACCUGGUACUAAGACUCCUUUUCGGUUCGGUGACCAUGUCGAUCCUACAACACUUGCGCCCCCAGAAUAUCUGAGCGACAAUGCAAUAUGUGGCGGCGCUCAUGGACAUUCACCGUCCUUUGUCCAUCUGAUACAUCUCGCAACAACGUUUCAUGAAGUCGCAAGUUUUACUCACCAACAGAAAUACCGUGCAGCUUCAGGGGACCAGAAGUCUUCGGAGUCCUUUCACAGCGAAAUCCACAAGCGCUUGCACAUGUGGAGAGGGUCCCUGCAUAAAUGGCGGGAACAAGGGGACACCAGGAUGAUGUUUUUCGACAUGGAGAUAUUGUACCAUUGCAUCAAUCUUCACUUGAAUCGCUACGUGCACCAUGCUGCACUGAAUUCCAAGGAGGUGGGAACACGCGUGAAAGCCGCUUUGUCCCAUGCUUAUGACAUCUUAGAGCUUGUGCAGCAUCUGAAUAGCGACGAGACGAUGAGAAACUCAUUUCUCGAAUUCAGGCUCACAAGUGCUUGCAUCGAGUAUGCGACAACUACCGCCUUAGAUACUGUUACGGUGGCAGGGAGAUUCGACGAUCUGAUCAGCACUACGAGUAAGAUUAUGUCCCUGAUUGCGAGUGGCCUCGAACUUCUCGACGAUCUAGCUCGGUUCUCUCAUAGUGCCAAACGACAAAGAGACAUGGUUAAGAAACGGCUGACGGCCAUGUUGGGGUUGAUCACACGAAGAUCUUCGGAUGGGCGAAAAGCAUUCUAUUUCAAAGACCCAUUGCUGUCGCGCUAUGGAAUGGAACAGGAUGUCAUUUAUGGCGUAACCAAGACACUGUACUUCCAGGUUCUGGGUCCUCAGGAAAAACUCACCGGUGUUGAUUUCUACGAGUUAAAGAAUGCUUGA